AUGGUUGAGGUUUACUUGACUAAAUUGGAAUCUUGGAGAGAAGUGAAGACAAAUGUUUGCUUAAAUAAUAUGACUACCUCCAACUGUGAUGCAAUUGCUGAGGGGUUUACAUACUGGGUUAUUAGAAAUAGGAAAGAAUAUAUUACAACUAUUCUUGCCUCGUUUGAUUUGAGGAAUGAGAGGUUCUGCAUAAUUCUAGUACCACAAGUGUUGGCAGCUGAAUCUCAUAGUUUUAGGGUGAUAAAUUAUCAUGGCUCACUUGCAUUGCUUGCACAAUCUUCACCCGAUGAGUUCAAUAAGUGUCUUGAUAUUUGGGUGUUCAAAGGUGCAAGUGUUGUGAAGAGAGUGUAUGGAAAAAGAAAAUUCACCUUUGACAUGGAUUUUAGUUUUUCUACACAUUGGGAUCUUACUAAUGGAGAUGUAGUAGUUCAAAAUGCUCCAAACAAGCCAUUUUCGUUCAAUCUGAGAACAAAACAAUUGAAGAUAAUAGGAACAGAUGUUAUUCAAUCAGUUUUCUCCUAUACUGAGAGUCUUGUAUCGAUUAAGGGCUUCAAGCCUGUUCCCCAACAAUGA